AUGGCGGUGGUUCAAAUUGUUUUCAAGCUUGGAGUAAAAAUUUAAAAUGUUAACCAUGUGCUAUGUUUUGAGUAAUAUACAGUUAGCAAAACAAUGUUCAUAGCGAAUUCCUAAUCAAUAUAGAAAACUGAAAAAAGUAGUCAUAUGCGAAGUCGAAAUGGUGGAAUGGAUGAUUUUGGGAUUAACUUGACGUUAGCAAAAUUCAAUUCAAAAGCCUAGUUAGCUUGCUAAUGCUAACUCUCAUGAGCAUUACCUAUGUUAUUAUAUUAUUACUUAUAUCAUUUGUCAGUUAAUUGUUUGGCACGAAUGUGGCGGUUGUUUUUACCGUAAUGACUGCACAGUUCUUGAUGGAUGGUCCCACGAUUCCUGACGGACAGCAAAGUCCAGGGAGAGACUGGGUUGUUUUAGAUUCAACCCGAAACCGCAGCGAUUUUACCACUGGGAUGUCCCGAAAUAAGCUAUUAUUCAAUGAAGCCAUCCCUGCAAGUGUCAGCAACCGUGCUACACAUGUACGUCUACCAGCCCCCAUUGUGAUUGAGAAGCUGAUGCCGCUGUCAGAGGAGCGUGAGAAUAUGGACAGCACCAGGAGCUCCACCAGCUUCACUGUGCUCUCUGAGGAGAGGCUGCAGGCCGCCAUUAAGCUCGCCAAGCGAGAUCUGAGACGAAGGCGCCUUGAGUCACUGAUAAAAUCCCCUGCCAAACCUUCUCAAGAGGCCUCCCUCCUCGAAACAAGUGAUGUAGAGCUGCUUCAGGAGCUUGCAGCCACUCCAAAUAAGGCCAAGUUUAAGGCCUCCAGUCCAAAAGAGAAAACGGGCCGUCCUGGAGGAAAGCAAACAUCCCAGAAGCGUCCCAUUUGUCGAAUGCCUCGGGCUGGCCAGUCACCCCCAACCAGAGACAAUGGCCUAAGGCAGCUGGACGGAGGCAAACCGGGUCCUUUAAGCCAGGAAAUCCACAAGCUGCAAAAUGAGCUUGAAGUGUAUAUUCAAAAAGUAGAAGAGCUAGCCAACAGAGGGGAAAAAAUAGAGGAGCCACUGGAGCCUGAAGAGCAAAACAAGUUGGAGAUACGCAGACAGAAGCAGGCAGCGCGCUCAGCACGUAGCAUCUAUGUACUCCAACAACAGGUAAAAGAGAUACAAGACGAUAUAGAGAAACUACGAAGCCAGAAAAUGUGGGACACCAAAAAGUCUACUGCAAUAAACAGGCUUGCAGCUGCCCACCGUGGGGCACAGAGGGCCUUACAGGUUGUUAUCCACCAGCUUUCAGAUCUAUCUCAUAGCAAGGUACCUCCUCAUUACAAAGAGCUGGGUCAGCUGAUUCGCCAGCUCUCUUUGUGCUCAGCGAAAGUCCAAGUGGACCAGGGUUCAGCUGUGCCUGAAACGGCCCUCGACAUCCUGCAGAAACUAGAGAUGUUGGAUUCAGCCCUCGGUAAACAAGUGGCACUGGAAAAAAUGCAAGCCCAAACAUGCCCUCCACACAGGAAGUCCCCUCAUCGCAGCAUGUUGCCUACUGGUGUGCUCAAGGGUCCCACCACCUCAACUGUUCGAGGAACUCGCAAACCCGCAAAUCCCAAAAGAGGUGUCCAUGCAGGGUGGAGAAUGGCCUCACAGAAACCCAAAACUACUUCUCAGCAGCCGAUUAACAGAAGAGAGGUGCUGAGGGUUGGCCUGGAGAGCCUCGUCCAGCAGAGGGAGCUGAGAGAGCUGCGGGGACGACCUCAGACAAACACCAGCUGCAGAAAAGGACUACACUCUGAGCGAAGAAAGAUUGACAUUAUAAUGAAGGGUAAUCAGAUGCAAGAUGCAGGCUUCCAGCAGCCUACAGUCUCCUCUCGGCUCAGAGUGAAUGAGCUCCCUCAAAAAGAGCGCUCUGUGCCAUGGAUACCUACAUCCCCUCACUCUCCUCCUCCACAGCGAUCCCCACAAAGGGGGAGACCAGAGCCACGAUGUCUCUUCUCUCCAGUAAAGCCUUCACCCAGCCCUCCCAAGCAGAAAGUGGCUGGUGGUUUUGGAGCAGAGCCGAUCCUGAGCUCAGAAAGGAAGAAACAAGCUCAGGAUGAAGCGUUAAGAAAAGCCUGGUUGGAUAAGAUGACGAUGCAGAGGCUGAAAGAGCUCAACCAGCUGAGUAAAGAAGAGGCUGGACGCAUUGAGAGAUUAAGGUCUGAAGUGGUCUCGCCAACUCAGUGGGCUGAGAGAGCUGAGCAGAAGGCCAGAGAGAGAAUUCAGCCCCUUCUGGAUGAAGCGCAGCAGAUUGGUGAGUCCAGGACCAGGGUCAGCUCUUCACUGAGAAAUCGGCUGUCUGAGCAGGCUGCAGAGAGGUCAGCAGAGAAUGCCGAGCAGCUGAGUGAGGCCCUGCUGGAGGAUCUGUUGGAGGACACUGCACGGGCGGCGUGGGCAGCUGAGACAGACAGACAGUUGGAGGGCAUGGCCCAGUGUAGGCUGCAGGCCCCCACCCUGGAGAGUAUGCUGCUUCGUAUGGAGGAGAUACAGAGGGAUCAGGAGGAAGUGAGGAGACGGUUUGCUUCUAUCACCUAUUCAGACCCUCUUUACUGGGACCAACCAGAAGCAGCAGGACCCCAAUGCCAUGCUCCGGGCUCCAGGCCAGCCUCUCCUCAGCCAAUUAGGCUCACCAGGCCAGUGUCGAAGCAGGCUACUGCAGCUGAUAUUGUCCUAGAAAAACCCGUGGAGACUGGUUUUCUGUCCGAGAGCAGCCUAAUAGAAGAGGCAUCCCAAGAUGAGCAGCAGCCCACAAACAGCACCGUGUUCCCGAGCCCAGCGGAGAAAAGCAUGGGGACUCGUAUCUCUGUGCCAGGCAGCAUGCUGAGAAACGUGCGCCAGUACCGGGAAGACUACGAGGCCUACCUGCGUGUUGUGGCUCAUGAGGCCGUAGGCAGCUUCAACCCCUGGGCCAUCGCAAACAGCCUGGCAGAGGAGUUACUGUCGGAGGCCCUGACUGACGUGGCAGCAGAGUUUCAGGACGUUGUGGAGGAGUACGCAGAGGCCGUCUUCACCUCAGAGUUUCUUCAGCCGACCCAGGCACCUCCUGCUCCCACUGCAGCUUUGGUCAGCCAAUAGGAUGUAACAAGCAUCACGGAUGUAGCAGUUUCUUACAGAUUUCUAUAAUAUGUAUUUAUUUUGGUGGAGAAUCUCCAUUUUCAGCUCAGGUUCAUUUUGUCGACUAAGGGCUACGAUUAUUCACUAUUCUUCUAUAGUUUUUCACAAGCAGAUAUUUCAUUUUGUGAAAAUGUGAUAGAUCACUACUUUAAAGUGACAACAUAUGACUUUAUUCAUUUGGGAUUGUUGAUAUUUUUAAUGACGUUGCAGCAGAUGAGAUUGUUGAAUUGCACAAGGAGCAUUAGUUACAUGACUCUUUAUGGUCCAUCUCUGUCUAUGAUUGAAUUCCACGGGGAAAGUUAGUUUAGUUUAGAUAAGCUCGGAGAGACCAUCACGACAUUACAGAGGAUUAUAAGAUUACCACCCUCCCCUUGCACUUGGUUUAAAUCUCCCUGAGGAUUACUCACACUUUCUAUUUUCACAUUGGAAUAUGGAAAUAAAUUAAUUGCAUAUGGUCUCCAUCAAAAAUGAUUUAGGAUAAGAUCAUGUGUUUAAUCUAUUGUAACUUCAUUUCCUCCUUUGCUUUAAGAUCUAAAUAAAGCGUAUA